AUGCCGAGGUAUACGGAAACAGAUUUUGAAGAUCACAUCGAAGGAUACCUGAAUCAGUCUGGCUACCGGUCGCUACAAUCCACUGACUAUGAUAAAUCCCUCUGCUUAAUACCCAAUGAGACGCUGAAGUUUAUUCAGGACACGCAACCGGAAGAAUAUCAGAAACUGGAACGUCAGCAUGGGGAAGACACACCCCAAAAACUCACGCUCCGUAUCAGCAACCAGAUUAAGAGUCGAGGUGUGCUGGACGUGCUGCGGAAAGGCGUUAAGGAUCGGGGCUGUUCCUUUGAUUUGACCUACUUCCAGCCGUCAAGUGGCAUGAACCCCACCCAUAAAAAACUUUACAAUCAGAACCGAUUCUCCCUCAUUAGACAACUGCAUUACUCACAGCGAAACGAAAAAUCGCUCGAUAUGACGUUGUUCCUCAACGGUCUGCCGUUAGUGACAAUGGAACUGAAGAAUAGCCUCACUGGACAGACGGUGACGGAUGCAGAGAAACAGUACGCACAGACCGAGAUCCGAGAGAGCCGUUGUUCCAAUUCAAGCGAUGGUGGCAAGACACGCUUCUUUCCGUUUAACAAGGACAUCGAAAACCCUGUGAAUCCGGACGGUCACAAAACCGCCUACCUAUGGGAGGACAUCCUACAGCCCGAUAACCUCAUGGAGUUAAUCAACAACUUUAUCCAUGAGCAGGAGACCACAGAAAAGGUCUACGAUCCCCGAAUCGGCGGGGUAAAAGAUGUGAAGCACCGCGUGCUCGUUUUCCCGCGAUACCAUCAGCUGGAUGUAAUCCGUAAAUUGAAAGCGGCUAUCGUAGAAGCAAAAGGUGUCGGGCAUAACUACCUCAUCCAACACACCACCGGGAGCGGCAAAUCGAAUUCCAUCGCAUGGUUGGCGCACCUACUGACCCAUCUGUACCGCUCCCCGACUGAUACAAAUCGGAUUUUCGCUUCUAUAAUUGUCGUGACAGAUCGGCGCGUGCUUGACAAGCAGCUGCAGGAGACAAUCAAGCAGGUGGCACAGGUUGACGGCGUGGUGCAUCCCGUUGAUGAAACUUCGGCACAACUCAGGGGUUACCUCGAAUCCGGCAAAGACAUCAUCAUCUCGACGAUUCAGAAGUUCAGUGUGAUUGCAGAGGAGAUCGGCAAACUCAAAAGUAAGACCUUCGCCGUGAUUAUUGACGAAGCGCACUCUUCACAGAGCGGUGAAUCUGCAAGGAAUCUCAGGAUUUCGCUCUCUCAAGGGAUUGAGCUGGGCGUAACAGAAGAUGAUGCCGACGAAGUAUCCGAUAUAGAUGCUCGGAUUAUUGAGGAGAUGGAACAGCGCAGAAUGCAGGAUCAUAUCUCCUAUUUCGGUUUCAGCGGCACACCGAAAAACAAGACCUUAGAACUGUUCGGACGGAAGGACGCAGAAGGAAAAUUUAUCCCUUUCCACGUUUAUUCAAUGCACCAAAGCAUCAGCGAAGGCUUUACACUGGACGUGCUGCAGAACUAUACCACCUUUAAGAGAUAUUUUGAGUUGGUCAAAAGUGUGCCGGAGGAUAACGAGUACGAGAAGGCGAGGACGCUCCGGACACUGACCAAUUACGUUGACCUGCAGCACCACAGCAUUGAGAUCAAGACCCGGAUUAUGUUAGAACACUUCACCGCACGCACCGCAAAGACGAUUGAAGGGAAAGGGCGGGCGAUGUUAGUCACGCCAUCCCGACUGCACUGCGUCAGAUACAAGUUAGAGUUUGAUAAGCAGAUGAAGGAAAUGGGGCUGUCCUACGGGUGUCUGGUAGCGUUCAGUGACACUGUCCACGACACCGACAACGGGCAGGACUAUACGGAGAAUGGAAUGAAUGCGUUACCCCCAAGCACUUCAAUUGCGGACAGUUUCAAGGAUCCGCAGUAUCGGAUUCUAAUUGUCGCGAGCAAGUUCCAGACCGGUUUUGAUGAGCCGAUGCUACAGACGAUGUACGUCGAUAAGCGAUUAGACGGGCUGCAAUGUGUCCAAACCUUGAGCCGCCUGAACCGCGUCGCCACCGGCAAAACCGAUACGCUGGUACUCGACUUUGUGAAUGAACCCGAGCAGGUACAAGAAGCUUUUCAGCAAUACUAUCAGACCACGACGCUUGCACAGGAGACCGACCCGAAUCGGUUGUAUGACCUACAGAGCCAGUUGGACGGUUUUGAUCUCUAUGACGAGGAGACCAUUGAGGAAUUCUGCAGUAUCUUUUACGAAUCAAGUCGACCGGAUGAAUUGCUACAGGGCAUUCUUGAUGGCGUUGUUGAGAGGUGGUCAGCACUUGAAACAGAUGACAAGGAGGAGUUUCGUUCUACCUUACAAAGUUAUAUUCGCCUCUACGGAUACAUUUCACAGUUGAUUACCUUCACCGAUGUAGCGUUGGAAAAGUUGUACGUUUUCGGUCGUAGUUUAAACAAGAAGCUCCCGAAACGGGAUCACCCUGACCUGCAAGAUGUUCAGGAAUCUGUGGACUUGGAUUCGUUUCGUGUACAGAAAAUGCAUGACAGUCUACAACUCUCCCUUGAAGCGGAGGAUAGCGAGGUCGAAGGGAUCGGCAGCGAUAUCGCUACCGUGAGAGAGCCUGAGCAGGAUUUCCUCUCCAAUAUCAUUAACGUUCUGAACAAUGCCCAUCAGACAGAUUUCACAACAGAAGAUAAGGUUGACAUUGCGACCAUUCACCAAAAAGUGCACGAAAACGAAGAACUCCGACAGGUGAUCGAAGGCGAUAAUACGGAGACCAAUAAAUGGUAUAAGUUUGAGCAGGUGGUUGAGGACAUUUUAUUAGGUUUCGUCAAUAGUAAAUUGGAGCUCUUCACGAAAUUAUCGCAACCGGAAGUCAAGGCGGAUCUCAAGCGUCAACUCUAUCAAGCCUAUCUUGAGCAACCGUCCUCGCGGGCUUAG